CUGCUCCCUAUCUCCUUCCAGCCUACAAAACACACGAAUCGAUUGCUCUCUCCUUCUCCUUCUCCUUCUCAGGAACGCAUUCAGCACACACGCCUCUAUAUCAGGGGCGGGGUACAUCAGCUGGUCCUCCUUCUUCCCUUGAAUACACACUCUUCGGCGUGGUAAAAAUUCGAUUCAAGCAACUGAUACUGACAAAUCAUACGUCUGAUUUACUGGGCCCCUUUUUUUCGUACUCCAUUUUGUCAAAAAAUAUGACAAUUCCAUGAUGCUAUUGCCAUGUUUGCUAUGCUUAUCCAGAAUCAUCAUUCUGCGAACUACUGGGCGUCAUGGUCGAUAUGAUCUCAACGGACAGUCUUGGAAUCGCAGCGCCGUUCUUAUGCCACAUCAUCGACAUGGCCGCAUUACCCUCGCAGCAGACCACCAGGCGGUUAUCUCAGCAGCUGCUGUCCAAGUGUGAUCCAGGUGGAUUGGCUCGUUUGCGUUCAAAAAAGAAAAACAAGCCCGCGGCAGCAUUGAUCUGGAGUGUACUUGCAAACCGUUUGGCUGGAGAGAUGAGCUCGACCUUAUUCUCGGAGGCUGUAUGCGAAUGUCUACUCAACAACAUCGAACAUGACCCAGAUAUGUCUUGCAAAGUGUUCUCGAUCAUUGCGCUGGAAAAAUUCAGUCUGACAGGACCCUGCAAGGCGCGCAUCAUGCAGACACCUAUACGUAGACUACUGAGGGAUGUCGCAAAUAUGUCUACCAAUGGGCUGACAGACCAGAACGAGAUCUCGGGAGUGCUACAGGCAAAAUUCUGUGCAGAGUGGUCUCUUCGAAACAUCUUUCGGGACAUGACGGAGGACACUAAGGGUAUCGCAGGGAUGGACCAACGGGGCGAUCUGAGCCCAACGAUCUCUCAGGCAGUGGACGAUCUUGCAGCCAGGAUAUCUCGGCCCCCCACACCAAAAGACAGCGUCAUUAAAGCAGGUUCUUCAACACCGACAAUCAACGUGAUGCUCAACACACUGGAUGCGACCAUGCACUGGAAAAUCUCUGGGGACGGACUAUCGAUUCGAAACGACGGCUCUACGUUUGAAUCCAUUCGCGCGACCAAGAGUAUCUCUCAAGGAAAGUGGUUCUAUGAGGUGACCCUUGUCACCGCAGGCAUUAUGCAGCUGGGAUGGGCCACCGUCCACUGUCAGUUCUCGCCAGAGGAUGGCACAGGUGUCGGCGAUGACAUUUUCGGAUUUGCAUACGACGGAUGCAGGAAUCUAAUUUGGUCCGACGGCGAGUCUGAGUCGUACGGUGGAUCGGAGGCAUGGAGGCCGGGGGACGUGGUUGGGUUCUAUCUAGACAUUGACAACGCCAUCAUGGAAUGUUUCUUGAAUGGCAGGAGUCUUGGAAAGGUGACCCCGUUUGAGAUGGACCACUUUGGAGCCCAGGCCGUUUCGGGAUACUAUCCUGCGCUCUCGUUCACGUCCUUCCAGCAAGCGACCGUCAACUUUGGUGCAACGCCCUUCAGGUACCCACCAGCACUUCCAUGGAGGAACUUGAACGAUCAUGGAGCGAUCACACCGGAAAUGCGAGCGGCGAUUGUGCGGCCAAAGAACGAUAGUGUUUAUGGGCGGAUCCACGUCGACCCUGUCACUGGAAUCCGGUUGCCGUCAAUGCCAGAGGGCGAUACCGAGAUUGAUUACAGUCUAUUGUGUACGAUCUGUUGUGACCAUACAGCGACGGUGACCCUCCAGCCCUGUGGACAUGAUGGGCUCUGUGUCGAAUGCGCGUAUUCCUUGGAUAUGUGCCCGUUGUGCCGAUCCCGUAUUUUCCAGCGACAAAUGUUUCCAAGCAGUGAAUCCAAGGACGCAGGCUCGUCCGUGAUCAAUUGUAUUGAUGGGCUUGGAAUAUCGGGUUUGGGAUCCAGCGAUGAGAGCAGCGUCAACACCUCGGCCCUGGGCCUUUCGGCUUCGAGCACAUUGACUUCUACGUGGUCUGCCGAGUACUGUGGCCCCGCACCGCCUGUCGUGAACUUGGGCCGAGCUUCUAUGCCCUCAUCAAGCAAUACGACCACGACUACGACUACGACUGAGGAUGUGACUACUGGUGACUCUAAUGCUCAUUCGGAUACAGAGGCGGCGGCCUCUGUGGCAGCGGUGGUAAUGGCCGCAACAGCGGCGCCGAACAGCGAUCCACUACUGCCCCAACGUCAAUCUCAACACCAACAGCAUCAACAGCAUCAGCCGCGACAGAGUGCCCCUUUUCCUUAUACUCGUUCUCCAUCGACAGAAUCAUUGUCUUCACGUCGGAGGUACACACUUGCGGGAUCGUUACCGUCACCAUCACCGGGACUGGCGGCGAAUCGGGUUGCGUUGGAGGAUGAGUGUCUUCAGGACCCGUUCUCGCCACCGUCAACGGCGUACUUUGCAUUCUUGAAUCGGCCACCGAGGAUGCAGCGGAGCCAGUUACAUCCGAUGGAUUUGGAUGGGGAUGUGGAUCCGUUGGAAGGGCCCGUACGACAGUUACAUUCACGGCAUCCGUUGUCGUCGUCGGAGGGGAACGACCAGGCGAACCUGCGGUUCCGGGCGACAUCAGGAUUGUUGACAGGGAAUAAUAGGAGUGCGCCAUCAGUGCCGUCGGUGGGGUUGGGUUUGGAACUGAAUCCGUCUGGACCGGUUACGGAUGAUCCGAUCUUUGCUUCAGCUGCCAUGAGGCAGGAGGAUUCGCUGGAGUCAGAGUCAGAGUCAGAGGAGGACGUGGUGUUGGUGGAGGAAGGACGGGAGGCGUCGGAUAGUGAGGUGAUGGAGCAGAGCGCGUUGGAUUUCCAGGAUGGACACUCGAUCCAUUCUCGAAGGAACAGUGUGCAGAUCACGGCGGGAGCGUCUUUGGCACCGGCGCCUUUGUUUCCUCCGGCUAUUCCUUCGUCUUUGACUGGGACGCAUACUGGUGUGGGCGGGGCGAUGAUGCUGCCACCUGGGCUGAUGAUGUCGUCGGCGAUGGCUGGAGGGGGUAGUGGGUCAGGUACGACGAUGCGGUUUGGAGGACGACGGGCGUCGAUGCCCAGUAAUCGAUUGGAGAUGUAGUUGAAGGGGGAGGGGGGUCCCCCCAUGAAACAGCACCACCGCAGAAAAAGAAAAGAAAAGAAAAGAAA